GUGCGUUUUUAGGUUAUGUUUCGCGCACGAGUAACUGGCAUACAAACGGAUUCUCGAAGUUCUUACUAACCAGACUGAGAACUAAACUAAGAAGUCAAGUCGUAUCGCGAAUUAUAAUAACGCAUAUAUAAUACUUUUGCUUAUCAGUUACGUCGGAUAACUGUUAAGCGAUAUAUAAAUUAAUUCGAACGCGUUGUGCGGUUUUAAAAUACUCCGUAAGGAACAAUGGACAAGGCAAAUGACAAAAAGACCUGGACGGAGGAGGAGCGUUUGGAGCUCGCCGCGAAAUUGGACGCCGAAUUGGACGAGUACAUAAACAGUCUGGAAAAGAAGAGUUACACCGAAGGAUGGCCGGAAGAUCGGUGGCAGGAGGAGAUGGAGAAGCAUCCUUUCUUCAUGAAGAAGGCACCGGAACCCGGCGACGAGUUGUCCCCUCUGAUGGAGGGAUUGCAACAGCUCAAGUACGGAGAAGAUGAGAAUACUCCUGAAGAAUUAGCAAACAAUUACAAAGAGGAUGGCAACUUUAAUUAUAAAUAUAAAAAAUAUCGUCUUGCAAUUCUUAGUUACACAGAGGGGAUAAGAACUAAGUGCAAAGAUGACGAUCUGAUGGCACAACUUUACAAUAACAGAGCUGCGGCACAUUUCAUGUUGAAAAAUUAUAGAUCUAGUUUAAAUGACUGUAAAUUCGCAUUGAAAUUCAAACCACAGUAUUCGAAGGCUUUGAACCGAGCUGCCACUUGCAGUUUUCACAUCAAAGAUUAUGAUCAGUGUAUCGACUUGUGCGAUCAAUUUCUCGAUCAUAAUCCGACCGAUAAGACAAUAUUGAAAUUAAAAUCUGAUGCCGUAGCAGCGAGAGAGCGCGUGAGAAGAGACAAAAGAAAGCAGGAAAAGCUUGAGAAGAAAUUAGACAAGGAGGACGAAAAGUUGUUAGAGACAAUUUUGAGAAAAGGUAUUAAAUUGGAAUCGACAGUUGACAAUCGGAAGUUAGAACUGAAGGAUCUAGAACCUCAAGUGCCACAAAUAGCGCAGAGCAGAGUGCAUUUCGAUGAGAAAGAUAAACUUGUGUGGCCGGUUAUGAUUUUAUAUCCGGAAACGCAUCAAACUGAUUUUAUACAAAACUUUCACGAAGAUACUCCGAUGAUAGAACAGUUAAUGGAAUUGUUUGAGGAGCCUCCCGAGUGGGAUACGAAACGUCAUUAUACUGUUAAUAAUAUAAAUAUGUAUUUCGAAGGCAAAAACAAAUAUUCCAUUCAUAAAGUAAACAUUGAACUCACAUUGGAUCAAAUAUUACGCGAGGACCGGUUUAUUGUUCGUGGCGGUACACCGGCUUUUAUAAUACUUGUAAAAUCUAGCGAAGCGGAAAAACAGUUUCUAGCAAAUUAUUAAAUUACAU